ACACACUUUCACACUCAAACACACACUCCACCAACCAUGCAUAGAUCAUGCUCAUGUGACCACCAUUAUCAACCCAACUCAUUCUCCAUGCUUUUCACCAUGCCUCCUUACCAUCAACAUAUCUGUCCUUAUGCUUCUUCUUCUUCUUCUUCUUCUCCUUCUUCUUCAUCUGCUUCUGUUGAUUGUACUCUUUCUUUAGCUACACCUGCUUCGACUCGUUUAACCGCCGACAAUGACUAUGACUUGCCGGAAUCACGCCAUUCUUCUCGUUUCUGCUGGGACUUUUUACAGCCGGAUAACAGCCACUCGCCGGCUCCUCCUUCCCACAAAACUAACCGCAGCGGCGCAACAAACUCCUCCGCCGCUGACUCGCUGCUUUCCCGGAGAUGUGCUAACUGUGACACCACUUCUACUCCACUUUGGAGGAACGGUCCUCGAGGCCCUAAGUCGCUGUGCAAUGCGUGUGGGAUUAGAUUCAAGAAGGAAGAGAGGAGAGCGGCGGCGACGGCGACGACGGUGGUGGGUAGUGGUGGAGAUGCGACGGAAGGGUACAACCAGAACAGUUGGAUGCAAUCGACGCAGAAAAUGCCGUCAUGCUACUCGCCGGCGGCGGUGGGGAGCGAAUUUAGGUUUAGAGAUGAGGUGGACGACAGAGAUUCUACGUUUCUGUCGUGGCGUCUCAAUGUGACUGACAGAGCAGGGCUUGUGCAUGACUUUACACGUUACUAAAAAAUGAUGUGGGCCCACGUCGAGAUCCACAAUGAUGACGUGGAAAAUAGUAGUAGUUAUUAUUAUUUAGGUGGAGUAAAAUACUAUUUUAUAUUAUGUGUUUUUGUUU